UCAUAUUAGACAUUCUCUGGUAUUACCAUGUGCUUGAAACUACCCUAUUAGUUCUGAUGUAAGAUUAAUGAUAUGCUGAUAAUUGUGAAUUUUGGAAUUACCUUAAACUGGCAUGAGCAAUUCCAUAAUUGUUUCUCCCGUAUGCGACUCGAACCAGAAACAAAUCAGGAGGCGUCAUAAUCCUAACUAGGCUCCAAAGGGAGGAUGGCAGAAUCAACAACGCGCCGACACGUUUUUGUGUACUGGCCGAAUAUUAUCGGAUACAUUAGGAUUGUCCUUGUAUCUAUCUCUUGGGUAGUCUUCAAGAGACCAGCUUUCUUUAUUCCGCUGUAUUCAAUCUCCAUACUGCUUGAUGGUGUGGACGGCUGGGUAGCCAGGAGGCUGGAGCAGACGUCCAGGUUUGGGGCUUGGCUGGAUGUGGUAGUGGACAAUCUAAGCAGAGGAAUGCUGUGGAGCAUGUUGUUCGAGUGGGGUUGGUUGGUGACUGCAGUAGAGUGGUGUGUGUUUGUAUGUAACCACAGUGCCAGAGGUGCAGACUGGAAAAGCAGCUUCACAACUAGUCCAUAUUUAGUGAGAUCAAUCAUGGCAAAAGGUAAGGCAUUCAACGUUACUUUUGUAUGUUUAACAGAUAACCUAAAUGCAAGCACAAGAAGCAGUUUUGUUUUUCUAUGUCUUCAAGGGUUUAAGACCCCUCUGGGCGCUUGGGUGAUCAUUGGAAUACACUGCUUACCAUUGUGGCUUUAUGGUCAUCGCUGGGGACUCCUGUCGGCACCCCUCGGCUUGCCCCCCUUGAUCCAAACUUUAGGGACUCUGGGGUUGACAGCUGGACGGCUGUUGGGCUUCGUGGCAGAGGUAUGGUGUAUAUGGGUACAUAUCAAACAUCUCAUCGAUGACGAGAUAGAGAAGAAAAGCUGAAAACAUUGCAAGCAAGCUGUCACCUUAUAUUACUUAUUUACGCUGUAUAUUUAUGUUAAAAAUAUAUAUUUUUCGAAUGUUUCUUUAUAUGAAUUGAUGGAAAACGCUGCGUAUUUACUAUGAGCGAUGGCAGAAGAAAACUGACCAAUGUGUAACCAGUUGUUACAUGCCUUGCCAGUAGCCCUUGAGUUCGUGGUCGUGUCUUGUUUUCCAUCCGUCUUCCCACAGGUACCUCCCCCCCUCCUUACAUUCCUGAUUGUAACCAGGGUUAUGAAUGUCUGCACCCCAGGAAUGUCUCAAUUUCCUUCUGACUUUCUUUUUUUUUUCCUUUGGAUUUUUUGGUUUUGCUGUUUUCUACCUACAUCCGCCAGGUAGGGGAUGGAUGCUGCAACCAGUGUACGUUUUGUUUUACUGUCUCAAGCUAGGCCAGUCAGGGUUAUUUUCUUUCCAAGGAGCU